AUGAGGACAAGUUGCUGUAAGAACUACAAAAUGUUUAAUCUGGUAUAUUUCAAUUUACGUGGGCGGGGCGAAUUGAUUCGGCUAACGCUUCACGCCUGUGACAUACCGUUCAUUGAUGAACGCGUAGAAUUUCCGGAUUGGCCGAAAUUGAAAACCACUAUACCCGGAGGAAAAUUACCUUCGCUCCAAGUUACCAAUGCAAAUGAUGGAAAAGUUACUCACUAUGACGAAAGCAUGGCUAUUGCCCGAUGGAUUGCGCACAAGUAUCAUAUACUGGGCGAAACGGACGAGGAAUUUUAUAAGAUUGAACGUAUGAUUGGUAAAGUAAGUUAUUCGUAUGAAAACCUGUUAGUAUUGUCAACCGAAUAUCAAAAGCCAAGAAUUUUGAUUAUACCCAAAACAGGUUAUAACUUGAUAAAAAAAGUUUGUUUUUUCUUGAAGUUACCUGUUAACUUAAGUCAGGAAAACCUUACAUACUAUGACAUUGUGAUGUUCUUUUCACACGCAAAAGAGAAUCCACUAGUUUCAGAAAGCUUUCUUUGGAUGAUCGGAGCAAUAAACGAGUUUUUCAAGGUGUUCAUGGGACCACCGGACAAGAAAGAAGAUAUUCAACAAGAAAUUAUGAAAGACACUGUUCCGACACUAUUGAGUGUAAGUUGA